GUUUGUUUGCUACUGGUUAAUGAGUGAUGCCGUGUCAUGUUAUUUGCGCUGAUCGACGCGAUGCGGUGAGUCAGGGAGAGGUGGCUUUUGUGCUGGCAAAGGAGGGGAAGAGUCGGGACAGGACGUGGUAAUUUAUUUUUAUUUUUAUUUUCUUUUCGUUCCGGUGAGUUUGUGGUGGUUAGUAAGUUUCUCGCGGGAUGGUACACGAUGCAUUGUUGAGUGACGGGGGUGACGAGAAUGUUUGUUUGUUUGUUUGCUUGUUUGUUUGAUAAUUUAUUCUGGCAUUUACUUUUGAGGUUGGAGGAGAGGGGCAGGUUGAGUGAUUUCGUCGUGGUUUAAGAAAAAAAUAUUUUUCCGCCGUGUCGUUGGUGGGUUUUGUUGUCGUGUGGAAGAAAAGAGAGUGGGUGAUUGAUUGCCGGGUCGGUGUGUCAUGUGGAGAAUGCGCUCAUUGUGCUUUCGUUGUGCGUUCACGAGUAUGGGAAGUAGUGAUUACAUUAUUUGUGAUUGUUACGAAGGAAAUUCUCGGGGAAAUGUAGUCUUUGCGUUUUGUUACUAGAGGCUGGAAUUUUACUUUUUGUAGUUUGUACCGGUUUAUGCUCACACGUACGCUGUGCCCGAGAGAGAGAUAGAAAGAGAGAGAGAGAGAGAGAGAGAGAGCGAGAUCUUCGUUCUUUUCUCUUCUUCUCUUCGUGUUGCGCCUUUAUAAAGAGGCGGCUGGUGGAGAUUCGUUUUUGUCUUUUCACAGUGAGCUUUAUGGCCGAAUGCGUGGCCUGUAAUAGGGAGGCGAUUUCCGAAAACGCUCAAAGUAGCUUGUAGUUGUGUCGAGACCAGAGGUUUGGAGCUGGGGAAGUAGAAGUAGACCUGGUAACAGUUUUAACGAACUGUGGAGGAUUCUGGGAGACGAUGUGUUUUUUUCCUCUCCUUAUCCUGCCAAGACUUUGAGCGAACUGGAAGAUUCCUUUCAAAGAAGGUUUAGACUACGACGCUAGAUAAUUUCCAAGGUUUCCUUGUCUACGGUGACGUAUACUUGAGGUUUCGGUUUCGCUCUGAGUUUGCGCUUGUUGGGAGAGAAUCCGUCAACAUGUUGGCUGGCCCGAUGCCUCUCAACAAUGCACCGACUAUGACCUCAAGCAGGAGUUGGCCUUAUUUUGAUCCGGAGUAUGAUACCAUGAGCUCUAUCAUCGACCCCCCAAAGGUUGUGAUUGAUAAUGAAUCUGAGAAGAAUGCCACUCUUGUCAAGGUCAGCAGUCAGAACAAACAUGGAACUCUGCUUGAAGUCGUCCAAGAACUCAUGGAUAUGGACCUAACAAUAUCGAAAGCUUAUAUUUCUUCCGAUGGAGGCUGGUUUUUGGAUGUAUUUCAUGUAACCGACCAGCAGGGAUGUAAAAUUCGUGACGAAAAACUCAUCGGAAAUAUCCAAAAGGCCCUUUCGUUACAGAAGAAGAAAUGGACAGCUGCAUUCCAAAAGUGCCCCGGGAGAUCCAUUGGUAUUCAGACCAUCUCUGAACACACAGCGAUAGAGCUCACUGGGACAGAUAGACCCGGUUUGCUUUCUGAGGUUUCAGCUGUCUUGGCUGAAAUGUACUGUCGAGUGAAUGCUGCAGAAGUCUGGACUCACAGGCGUCGAGUUGCCUGCGUCAUAUACGUAACAGACGAGGACACCUUAGGGCCUAUUGAAAACGUUAGAAAAUUGGAAAGAUUGUUAGAGAAACUUAAGCCUAUCAUGCAAGGAUAUGAUAAUGAGAAGAUUGCCCGGUCGGUUGUAGCAGAGAGCUUCACUCACGUGGAAAGACGUCUGCACCAGCUUAUGCUCGCUGAUCACGAUUCUGAUUCAUCAGAUUUGCAGAACCAACCAACCGACGAGAAACUGAAAAAUCCGGAAAUCACAGUUGAGAUUGGGAGUGAGAUGAAUUAUUCAGUUGUUAAAAUACAAUGCCCAGAUAGACCAAAGCUAUUGUUCGAUACCGUAUGCACUUUGACGGAUUUGAAAUACGUUGUCUCUCAUGCUACAAUUUACCCUUCUGGUCCGUAUGCUGUUCAGGAGUAUCAUAUUCGUAAAAUGGAUGGUCAUACUCUUGACGAGGAAGCCAAAUCGAAAGUGAAAAAGUGCUUGGAGGCGGCCAUUGAGCGUCGAUCUUCUGAAGGCUUGCGGCUAGAUCUCUGCACAAGCGACCGGCCAGGACUUUUGACUGAUGUGACCCGAAUCUUCCGUGAAAAUGGUCUCUCCGUUACAAGAGCUGAUGUUUCCACGCAAGGCGAUAAGGCUGUGAACACCUUUUACGUCACUGAUGUGAAUGGUCAUCCUGUCGACAUGAAAACAGUGGAUGCCAUCCGUAAAGAUAAUCCGUUGUUGGGGGUUCACGCGGUACCAUUAGCUUCUGAAGUCGGUCGUGCACUGGACGUCUCUCCGUUUUCCAAGUUUAUAAAAACAUCGGAACGCAUUCUGCAAGGUCUCGGCUGGAGGGCUUAAAUUAACUACGAACGCCAUAAACUAUCAUCAUCUCCAACAUGAAAUUCAAUGCAACUCCAUUCCACUCGUGGACAAGAACGCUUCUGAAUGAAGAUCUUUACCAGCGUCUACGACGUAUGUUGAUGACUGUAACCUGCUCAACCUCUCUAAAGCCCACUGGUCAUUCCCUGCCAAUAUCUCUUGCACUGCUGCUUGAAGAUUCAGAGAAUCCUUGGUGGUGCACGGACUCCACUUGCUCUCAUUCAGGAAACAUCCCUCCGAUUGCGGGACCAUCUUAAGUCAGGAGGUCCGGCGAAUGUUUAAAGCCCUGCAGAAGUAGGUACGCAAAAUUUCUUGGUCAUCAGGUGGCACGAUCAUGAAAGCUUUAGAUGAUCGGCUCCAGCUUGCAUGAAGGUAAAUACACCCGCACUAACUCUUCUAUGACUAGGGUGGACAGCUCUACUGCAGCCUUGUACUAUGUUAGGGUGCACUCAUUUUCCUUUCUGUGUCCAUGCACAUCCUUGUAGAUACGGGGAUCAUGCACUCAAUACUUUUCUGUAGAUUCUAGGUGCCCUUCACAUCUAUUCCCAUUCUUCAGCAUCUCCAGCAUGUACCUGUAUAUAUUUACUAAUCCUGCACUUUAGAAUAGUACCAAGAGUCAUGUAAAAUCAUAGAUGCUCCAUUGGGCAAUUGCUGAUCCUGAACAUUCUUUCGUCUUCGUAAAUAUUGGCCGUGUGGAACUCCUUACUCUUGUGUAAAUAUGUAAAUGAAUAAUCUGUGGUGUUACUCAUUUCAAUCGAUUCUUGUA